AUUAAACUGGAAAACAAAAUAACAGGCUGGAUGUUUUUAGCGUUCAUGGUAACUAAAUCUUUGAACAUGCACCCGAAUGUUCAAAUUGCAUGCUACAAAUAUUGAGAUACAUGUAUGAAUGAUGCCAGUUUUCAAAUUCAAAUGUGGUUGACAUGUGCCAGACUAUUCCUGAAGUCUACUUCAUUUUUUAGGCUAUUGUGAACUGUUGCCAUGGAUGACAAUACAAAGACCGAUUCGGACAUUUCCGACAGACACAGCGAACAUGAGUCAUUCGUGUCACACAAGGAUAAGCUACACUCCAGAUCCUGUCUGAGUCUGACGCAUAAGAAGCCCAGCAGAGAUACCCUCAGUGGGAAUGGAGUGACCGUGAGUUCCACUGAGCUGCGUACUCACGUAAGUUAUGACCUGCACUCUCUCCUCGGUCUGGCACCGUCCUCCCGGACGAGGCUCGACCCCAGCUGCUCUCACUCAUCCUGUCAGAAUGGCAUGGUCUGCAUGGCACAGGUGGCUCCGGAAAGGGACAGCAUCAUCUCGGAUGAAAUAAAAUGGAAAAUACCAAUAUCGUUAUUCUCAUCCAAGAAAACAGAACCCAAGGAGGAGAAGCUUACCAGGAGAAUAAAAGCGUAUUACAAAGCCCAGAGUGAGCUGAUCACGGCGUUUGAAAGCAUAGAGCAAGGAACGGAAGUCGAUCAUCGUACUGAGGCGUUCAUCUUACACCAGAAGAGGAUUGCCUCAAGACUGGCGCAAAUCUCCUUUCUUAUGAAUUUUGUUCUGAUGGUUGGUAAAACCAUAGCAGUAGCUCUGUCAAGUUCCGUCUCCAUUAUAUCCAGUCUGGUCGACUCCGCUGUCGAUCUCCUGUCCGGGGUAGUCAUCUGGUGGACAUCAACUCGCAUAAGGAAGAAAGAUGUGCGCUACCCCAGUGGACGGACACGUUUGGAGCCUCUUGCCAUAGUGAUAUUGUCUGUCAUCAUGUCGGUAGCAUCGUUCCAGCUAAUCAUUGAGUCCAUACAGCGGAUUAUUGGUCUGAGCAAACAUUCUGAUACUAUUCCUCAAUUUGAAAUUACAACUGUUAUCAUUACAGUGAGCACAGUAGUGAUCAAGCUGAUCUUGUUUCUGCUGUGUUAUUUCUAUCGCAAGAAAGCUCAGAGCGCAUCGGUAACUGUUCUGAUGCAGGAUCAUCGGAAUGACGUCUUCUCAAACAGUGUGGCUAUCCUCUGUGGUUAUCUAGGUUCUCAGCAGUUUGUGUCUGGAUCAGGUAACUACAAUGUUGUCUUCAUUGAUCCGAUUGGUGCAAUCAUCAUUGGUGUUUACAUCCUGAUCACCUGGUGGAUUACGGGGUCAGAGCAAAUUAAGAUGUUGACAGGACACACAGCUAAGCCGGACUUCCUGAGUAAGAUCACGUGGAUGUGUCUGAACCACCAUCCCAAGAUUCUUCUCAUCGACACAGUGCGCGCGUUCCACUUCGGCAAUAACUUCCUCGUCGAGGUCGACGUCGUCCUGCCUGAGGAGAUGUCGCUGUGGGAGAGUCACAACAUCGGUGAAACGCUGCAGCAACGGCUUGAGAAACUGCCCACAGUUGAGCGGGCGUUCGUGCAUCUCGAUUAUGAAGUGUGUCACAGACCGGAGGAAGAACACAAAAUGUUAUAAUUUACAGUUGUCUCCCUUUGUUUUACAGUAGGCUGCCUGUUAAAAUUAUUAAUUUAAAAAAAAAGGGAAAAAAGCCAUUUUCAAAGGAGAAGUAGUAAUGAAUUUUGAAUCAUAAAUUAUUGGUGCAGAAUUUAGAGUAAUUUUUAUCAUCCAUGUGGGAUAAAACUAAAAACUUUUUUUCUUUUUUCUUUUUUUUCUUUUUAGGGUUGCAAUAGGAAAUACAUUUUAAACAUUAAUCUGGGGUGUAGAGUAGAGAUUAGGAAUUUUUUUUACACCUCCCUGUAAAGUAAAAUGGUAAAGUGUUUUUUAACUGUUGUCAUGCUUUGUUUGAUGCUAUUGUAAAGAAAUUUUAAACAUACAUGUAAAUUAUGGGUGCAGAAAUUUGGAAAAUGUUCCUUCAUCUCUGUGAAACAUAACUGUAAAACAUUGUUUACUCAUGACUUUGUUUUGGGGGGGUGGGGAAAAUUGGGUGGGAGAAAGUUUGAAGAAAUCAUAGGUGCAGAGACUUGGAAUGUUUACUUGUUUGUGGAGUUUAACAUUUAAAAAAUGUAGAUCAUGAAUGCGAAAUUUGGGACAACACCUCCUACUCCCCACUCUCAACCCACAACAGCAAUAUUAGGAUAUUCAGAGCCUAGUAUAUGAAUGGACCAGCCUCGGUUGCGUCGUUAUUAGGCCAUCGGUCUACAGGCUGGUAGGUACUGGGUUCGGAUCCCAAUCGAGGCAUGGGAUUUUUAAUUCAGAUACCGACUCCAAACCCUGAGUGAGUGCUCCA